AUGGACCAAAUCAUCGAACUACUCGCCACAGGUGAAGAAGUCCUCGAUGUCGAAGAGGAGUCAUUCCUCCUCUUCGCGCAAGACAUCCCAACCAACAACCUGGGCAUGAUCGAUUCCCGCGCACAAUCAGUGGAAGUAUCAAUCCAUGGCAACGAAUAUACCAUCCAUCAAUCCCCUGCACUCCUCUCUGGUCACAGAGCCGGGGGUACUACAGGCGCCGUCUUGUGGAAAAUCACCCCCCUCUUCGCAGAAUGGAUAACCUCCCUAACAAACCCCCUCUGGACAACAACGCUCCUAAACCAAUCCUCAACAAUAGUCGAACUAGGCACCGGCAUCUCAGCCCUGGUAGCCCUAACCUUGGCCCCCUCAGUGCGCCACUACAUCGCCACAGACCAAGAAUAUGUACAGCGGUUAUUUCGCACGAACCUGGAUGCCAAUGCCUCAAUCUCGUCCUCUGCCUCAGCGGGAACAACAAGUAAUAGUAUGAGCAAGAGUGGCAAGGGGAAGGGAGGCAAGACUUCCAAAUCCAAGCAAACCUCCACGUAUUCAAACCCAAGCGCCAAGGCUGGCAAUGCUUCUAAUAUCAGCUUCACAACUCUAGACUGGGAAACCGAUCAACCAGGUCAAUUAAAGGAGGAAUGUAUACCAUUUGAAGCAACACAAUCUGACGACAAUGAUGAAGAAGAAGAAACCGACCGCGGCUUCGACCUCCUGUUAUCCUGCGAUUGCAUCUACAACGAAGCCCUCGUCUCACCAUUCGUGCGCACAUGCGCUGAAAUCUGUCGGCUGCGUCCGCCGUAUAACCCUUCCGAGGCUGAGCAGGGCUCACGAUCACAUCGUCGACCGACGAUCUGUAUUAUUGCGCAGCAGCAGAGAUCGCCGGAUGUUUUUGAGACUUGGUUGAGGGAGACUAUGCGUGAGUUUCGGGUUUGGAGGCUUGGGGAUGAUGUUCUUGGUGAGGGAUUGAGAAGUGGAACUGGGUAUUUGGUUCAUUUGUUGUUGGUUAAAUGA